CUCAGGCUGCCCUGAGGAUCCGUGUUUGGUUAAAAAGGAGCCAAAUCCACCUGCAGGGCAGGCGGCUCUAGCAGCCCCGCCUGGCUUCCAGCACCCUGGUUCCCUGGCGACACUGGACCCGCCUGGGCUUCCUUGAUCCCAGCCCCACCCCUGAUUUCUGCUUUGCUGCCUCGGGAAGCCAUCGUGCCUCCCAAAACCUGAAUGUGGGCCUCUCGGAGCUCCUUCCUCAAUGAGUCUGCUGGGGACUGGGCCUUGCCUCCCUAACAAGUGCCAGGGACUCUGAACAUGUCGGGGAUCGCCCUCAGCAGACUCGCCCAGGAGAGGAAAGCAUGGAGGAAAGACCACCCGUUUGGUUUCGUGGCUGUCCCAACAAAAAACCCCGAUGGCACGAUGAACCUCAUGAACUGGGAGUGCGCCAUUCCAGGAAAGAAAGGGACUCCGUGGGAAGGAGGCUUGUUUAAACUACGGAUGCUUUUCAAAGAUGAUUAUCCGUCUUCACCACCAAAAUGUAAAUUCGAACCACCAUUAUUUCACCCGAAUGUGUACCCCUCGGGGACAGUGUGCCUGUCCAUCUUAGAGGAGGACAAGGACUGGAGGCCAGCCAUCACAAUCAAACAGAUCCUAUUAGGAAUACAGGAACUUCUAAAUGAACCAAAUAUCCAAGAUCCAGCUCAAGCAGAGGCCUACACAAUUUACUGCCAAAACAGAGUGGAGUACGAGAAAAGGGUCCGAGCACAAGCCAAGAAGUUUGCGCCCUCAUAAGCAGCGACCUUGUGGCAUCGUCAAAAGGAAGGGAUUGGUUUGGCAAGAACUUGUUUACAACAUUUUUGCGAAUCUAAAGUUGCUCCGUACAAUGGCGAGUCACCUGGGGGGGUUGGGCGGGCGCCAUCUUCCAUUGCCGCCGCGGGUGCGCGGUCUCAAUUCGCUGAAUUGCCCGUUUCCAUACAGGGUCUCUUCCUUCGGUCUUUUGUAUUUUUGAUUGUUAUGUAAAACUCGCUUUUAUUUUAAUAUUGAUGUCAGUAUUUCAACUGCUGUAAAAUUAUAAACUUUUAUACUUGGGUAAGUCCCGCAGCAGCGAGUGCUCGCUCCGGGAUGCAGGCAUGCUUCUCACCGUGCAGAGCUGCACUUGGCCCCGGCUGGCUGUAUGGAAACGCACCCUCCCUCUGCCGCUCCUCUCUAGAACCUGGGCUGUGCUGCUUUUGAGCCUCAGACCCCAGGUCAGCAUCUCGGUUCUGCGCCACUUCCUUUGUGUUUAUAUGGCGUUUUGUCUGUGUUGCUGUUUAGAGUAAAUAAACUGUUUAUAUAAAGGU